AUGGAGUAUGCAGAAGACGAGGCCCACCCUGAUGCCCCCUACUACUUGCCCAUUUCAGUCUUGGACCUUCAAAUCAUCCUAAAGGUGGACAGUGCAAUCAGUCAUGUCGCAGGUACUGUUGUGGGUCUCAUUGAGUUGGCUAUGAGGGCUGGUCUCCCCGACAAUAGUGAUCAGGAGGAGGAGAUGCAAGAAGCUAAUGGUGAGAAGGAUCAGGAAGACGAGCAAGAGGUGGUGAUGGGAGAUGUGGAUGUGCAGAUGCAGGAGGUGGAGAAGGAUCAUGAGCAGGAGGGCAAACAGAAAGAUCUGCGUCCCCAGUUCAGCAAGGUCCCCCCACGAGAAAAGUACACCCCACAGCCAAAACACAUCACACAGGUACAUACACCAGCUCUGUCCAGAACGUCUGUGUCUGGGGGCUGGCAGGAAGACCCUCUUACAAAGGAGUCUGGUUUUGGCGAUUGUGAACAGAGGUCCAAUGGUCUCAGUCUCCCACCUGCGCCACAGAAGCUGACAGUGGCACAUGCCAACGAGCUCAUCCAACUUCGACGGGUGCAGUCCAAUGGGUCCAUAGGUGACAACAUAGACUUGACCAAUGGCGAGCAAAAUGACGAUGGCGGGCAGUUUGACAACGACGAAGAUGAUGUGUUCACCGGUGGAGAGACAUACCAUGGUGAGGGUAACAACUAUGAGGAUUUGCACCACUUGAAGCGUGUGCGGCUGCCACCCUCAGAUGAUGAGGGUGACAGCACACAGAGUCAUAAACAGAUGCGCAAGUCCAGAGCCCCUUCAGUGACAAAUCCUGUAUUAUACGGGUCACCCGACCUACAUAAUAUCCCAUGUGGGCCGGGAGGCAUAUUAUUUCCGAUGGAGACGGGUGGGCCCAUCUAUGCUGAUGUUAUAUAUAUCAUCGACGAUAGCGGAUGGGCCGGGAGAAAUAUUAUUAUGGAGAUGGACCUGAGGAGAGAUGUAUAG